AUUCUAUCAACUACGUUGUCAUGUAACCACUAAUAGAAGUGACGACUAUCGGCUAUACCAAAAUGAUAUUAUGAGGCUACCUGCUGCUCAUAGUAACAAACUAAUAUCACACGGAGCGCAUCCCAAUCAUGACUCACUUAAGCCAAUAGACAAAUUGCAAAUUGACUGAUAGAAUUUAGUCUUCCAUGAGAAUCAAACAGCAAGAAUUUGGUUACUCCUAAGUGACUAUUUUGUUUAGAUCUGUCAAUAUCUUAAUAGUAUGUACACUUUCAUGCUAUUUUAUCUAAGGAAUACUUGCCUUCUGUUGAUUUGAAAAAAACCCGGUUCUAUCGUAUGUGUAAGAAGAUUUUUAAAGAGUAAUUCAAUUCAGUAAAAAAUAUGUAGUUGAUAUCACAAAGUGAGUUUUACUUUUAAAAGCUAGAAUAGCUAAAACAACUUUUAUGCUAUUGUAUUAGUUAUUUCUAAGUCGUACAUUUACGACUACCCAGAAGCGUACAUUUUAGUAGCAUUAGAUGUGUCGAGAGCCAUGUAUAUUUAAAAGGUCCAAAAUUUGCGUUUAUUUCUAUUGUUGACUAUAAUACACAACAGUUGAGUUUCGGGUAUCAAUUGGAUUUCUUAAAGUCUUCAGUUAUAAGUACUAGCAAGAAUAAACUGAAUAAAUAGAACUCCAUGUGAAGUUCAACAAAUUCAUCUUCCUAAGCAAACAAUUUUUAUCUCAUUUAUUUCGUCUAUUUUAUUUAUUUUUGAGUACAGUUUCUAACGUAUAAAGCUAUUCAAUAUACAGAGAAUAAGAAUAAAUUUGAAUUUAGAACGGUUAUACACAAUAUGACAUUUCAGUAUGAAAUCAAACAGUAACAAAGCAUUACAAAUAUAGUAUUCAUAUUACCAGGCUGGGUAACCUUCUCAUUCUACUAUGAAAUCAUCAAUCAUGUACUUUGAAUAUAGAAAUAAAGAUGGUUAUAUUUCAAGAACAGAAUUAUUCACAAAGGUUGGCACUAAAUCUCUAGAUCGACAGAAAGUUCAUGAACUAAUUAAAUUGUUUGAUAUCAAUGGUGAUGGUUUGAUAAGUUUUGGCGAAUAUAAAUUGAUAUUGGGAUUGACAGGUCAAUCAAUCGAUGGUUGGAAACGUUUAUUUCGAAAAUUGGAUAAAGAUGGUUCAGGUACUUUGGAUUUUCAUGAAAUCUGUUCACUAUUUGGUGGGGAUAAUUCUUCUGAAGUGAGAAAAUCUGUUCGAAAUUACAUGAAACGAUAUGAUACUGAUCGAGAUGGACGACUUAAUAUUAGAGAAUUUUUAACAUUUGUUGCUGAACAAGCUGAACAUAGUGCAGUAUAA